AUGGACACAAGCAUUACUGCACUUUCUUUGAAGUUUCCAGAGAUACUUGCAUACUUUGGUUGGGUACUAAAUAAAAUAAAGGAAUUUUCUUAACCAAAGCAAGGCUAAAACUUAAAAUAGACUUUAAAAUUUAUAAUGCUUACCAAAGUAAAAAAGGGUGAUGGAAGAUUAAUAGAUGAGGCAGGAAUAAGAAUGAGAGGAGUCAAUUAGGCAUGGAAUGUCAUUUUAGAAUAAUACUAAUAAUUAGUAAAAAGAUACAAAAGGAAAAUUAAAGAUGAUGAUAAGAAAAGAUAAAGACAAAAUGGAUACCGAGAAAUUAUUCAAAGUUGGGGAAAUGAUUGA